GCCACUUUCUCCCUUUUUUCACGCCGACAUCCCCCCAGAGGAUGGUGAAUGAUGAACGUGCCACAUCAUGAAGCUCUUGUGGCAGGUAACUGUGCACCACCACCACCACCGUCACCACCACCACCACCAUCCUCCUCCUCCUCACCGUCACCGCGCUGGUGGACCUGCCCUGGUCUCCUACUUGACCCUCCACGCUUGGAUACUCUACGUGGCCGCCGCCUCCCCCGGACCCCAAAGUUGUCCUUCCGUCUGCUCUUGCAGUAACCAGUUCAGCAAGGUGGUCUGCACCCGGCGGGGCCUGGCCGAGGUGCCCCCCGGCAUCCCUUCCAACACCCGUUAUCUCAACCUCAUGGAAAACAACAUCCAGAUGAUCCAAGCGGACACCUUCCGGCACCUGCACCACUUGGAGGUCCUGCAGUUGGGCAGGAACUCCAUCCGGCAGAUCGAGGUCGGGGCCUUCAACGGUUUGGCCAGCCUCAACACCUUGGAGCUCUUCGACAACUGGUUGACCGUCAUCCCCAGCGGGGCCUUCGAGUACCUCUCCAAGCUACGGGAGCUGUGGUUGAGGAACAACCCCAUCGAGAGCAUCCCCUCCUACGCCUUCAACCGGGUGCCCUCCCUCAUGCGCCUGGACCUGGGCGAGCUGAAGAAGCUGGAGUACAUCUCCGAGGGGGCUUUCGAAGGGUUGUACAACCUCAAGUACCUCAACCUGGGGAUGUGCAACAUUAAGGACAUGCCCAACCUGACGCCCUUGGUGGGCUUGGAGGAGCUGGAGAUGUCGGGCAAUAACUUCCCCGAGAUCAAACCCGGCUCCUUCCAUGGGCUCAAGUCCCUCAAGAAGCUCUGGAUCAUGAACUCGCAGAUCAACCUGAUCGAACGCAACGCCUUCGACGACCUGACGGCGCUGGUGGAGCUCAACCUGGCCCACAACAACCUCUCCUCCCUGCCCCACGACCUCUUCGCCCCUCUGCGCUACCUGGUGGAGCUCCACCUGCACCACAACCCUUGGGACUGCGACUGCGACAUCCUCUGGCUCUCCUGGUGGUUGAGGGAGUACAUCCCCACCAACUCCACCUGCUGCGGGCGCUGCCAUGCCCCCCUCCACAUGCGGGGCAGGUUCCUGGUGGAGGUGGACCAGACCUCCUUCCAGUGCUCGGCGCCCUUCAUCAUGGACGCCCCCAUGGACCUCAACAUCUCGGAGGGGCGGGUGGCCGAGCUCAAGUGUCGAACUCCUUCCAUGUCCUCCGUUAGGUGGUUGUUGCCUAACGGGACGGUCCUGAGCCACGCCUCCAGCCACCCCCGCAUCUCCGUCCUCAACGACGGCACCUUGAACUUCUCCCACGUCUUGUUGACGGACACCGGGGUCUACACCUGCAUGGUGACCAACGUGGCGGGGAACUCCAACGCCUCGGCCUACCUCAACGUGAGCACGGCCGAGCUCAACACCUCCAACUACAGCUUCUUCACCACCGUCACGGUGGAGACCACCGAGAUCUCCCCGGAGGACAUCUCCCCUAAGUUCACCAAGCCGGUCCCCACCACCUCGACGGGUUACCAACCGGCCUACACCACCACCACCACCGUUUUGGUCCAAACCACCCGGCCACCCAAACAGGUGGCCCUCCCCACCGCCGAGGCGGGCGAUAGGAUGCAAACCAGCUUGGACGAGGUGAUGAAGACCACCAAGAUCAUCAUCGGUUGCUUCGUGGCCGUCACCUUGCUGGCGGCCGCCAUGCUCAUCGUCUUCUACAAACUCCGCAAGCGACACCAGCAGCGCAGCACCGUGACGGCCGCCCGGACGGUGGAGAUCAUCCAGGUGGACGAGGACAUCCCACCACCCUCCACGGCCACCACCGCCGCCGCCGCCGCCACCACCACCACCACCGCCGGGGGGGCCACCCCGGGAGCAGGUGAGGGGGCGGUGGUGCUGCCCGCCAUCCAUGACCACAUUAACUACAACACCUACAAACCCCCCCACGGGGCCCACUGGACAGAGAACAGCCUGGGCAACUCUCUGCACCCCCCCGGCACCACCCUGGCCGAGCCCUAUAUAAUCCAGACCCACACCAAGGACAAGGUCCAGGAGACCCAGAUAUGACUGCAGUUUUGGGUUUGGUUUUUGGUUUUUUUUUUUUUUUUGGGAGGGGGAGGGGG